GGUAGUUUCGUUUCAAAGCGUAUUUGUGAUGGUUGUGUUUGUCUAGGAAGCAAUUUUUCAGUAAUUACGAUUAGUUGAUCAAAUCAAAUUAAUUAUAGGUAAUAUUUUGAUUGAACCUUGUGAGUGUAUUAUUGCUGUACGUACUUUUAUUGUAAAAUUGCUGCUGUGAUUCGUGGUAUUGGAGAUAAAAAAAAAUAUUUUUAGUAAUAUUAUCACAUUUUGAAAUUAUGACUUUAACUAUGACAAGAAAAGUUAGUGAAUGCCAAGCAGAAACCGUCCAAUUUAUGCCAAUAGAGAAACUUGAAGAUGAUUGUAAACAAGAAAACGAAUACUGCACAGGAAACACAUUACAUAGGCGCGGUAAAAAAUUGGAGGAUAAUAACAAUCUCACUGAUGAAGAUGUAGAAUAUAUAAAUUAUAGAAAAUUGCUCAAAUAUGAGGAAGCGCCCGAAUAUUUACAACAUAAUCCGUUUAUCAAAGAUGGAUACCGGAAGCUGCUGCCAACCAGACUGUGCUGGGAAAGCAUAUUCUGGUGGACAAAUGAAACAAUGAAUAUAUGGACGCAUAUAUUCGGGUUCUUCUUACUUCUGUUCCUCACGAUAAAUGAUCUCGUCAUUAUAAAUAUCCACGCCACUAUGACCGACAAGACGGUAGCUGCUAUUCUUUUCUCUUGCUUUCUUAUAUGCAUGGCGCUAUCGGCUCUGUACCACACAUUCUCUUGUCGAUCCGAGCAAGAUUACAACACUUUCCUCAUGUACGAUCUCUUCGGUAUAGCGCUCUCUUUGCUCGCGAUAUAUACAUCCGGCGUGUACUAUGCAUUUUGGUGUCAUCAUGAGCUGAAAACCUUCUACAUGCUAUCAGUGACGCUGAUAUUCGUGGUAGCAAUGGUGCUUCAGACGCCGAGACUGCAGGUUCCCUACCUGGUGAAGAUGUGUGUCUUCAUAGGUUGGGCGGCGUAUGGUGUGCUGCCAACGUUACAUUGGACCUAUGUCAUGGGUGGUUUCGACAACCCAAUGGUGCAGAUAUUCUUUCCAAGAGUAAUUGGGAUGUAUGUAAUAAGCGGUACAGCGUUCGCCAUUUACGCCUUUAAGAUUCCGGAACGUUGGUUUCCAGGUAAAGUAGACUACAUAGGUCACUCCCACCAGUGGUGGCAUGUUUUAGUUCUAGGAGCUCUGUACUACUGGCACAACUCAGCUAUGAUAUAUGUCCAGUAUAGAAUGAACCACGGCUGUGCGAACACCAUGAGAAUAUUCUAGAGCUUUAACUUUAAAUUCAGGGUAAUUAUUAUAAAGUGUUAGAUGUAUGAAUGGCCUUAUGAGUCUGUCACUGGUAUUACAUUUGUGAUCGCAUUUCAAUGCGGAAAAAAUGCCGGUUGAGAAUGAUCUAGAUAAAAUUCAUACCCAACGGUGCUGUUUUCGGUGUACGAAAUCCCUAAAUAGUUUUUGUCACUUGUAAAACAGAUAGCGUCCUGUCAAAUUAAUUGAAUUUUACAAACAAACACCAAUAUUUAUCAAAAGUAGUAUCUCGUCUUUUCGAAAUUCGUCCAAUCUUUUUAGUCUUAGAUCAAAUUCAACAAAUUUUUUUGGGCCUGCAAACGGCAAAAAAUCAUGUCAUACUAUAUUUUUAUCUGCUAUGACUUACAUUUCUUUUUUGAAUAAAAAAAUGUAUGUACAUUUUUAAUGUUCUUGCAUUGAACUAGUAUUGUAACACUCUUUAACUCUUAAUAAUUUGAUUUUUGAAGUUCAAAUCAUAUUUUAGAAUUGUGUAGAAAUAUAUACUUGUUUUUUUUUCCGUAUUGAGAAUAUUAGGAUGACAAAUAGAAGUGGUAUAAGAUAUUGGCAUAACUCGAACAUUUGAAUGCGAAUAAUUAUUUAUUUAUUUUUUUAUCAUGUUUUUGCAAUGUGUUUUUGUUAUUUAAGAUAACCAAAUUUAUUGAAUUCCUUUAAAACAUUCCUUUUAAAUAAAUACAAAACAAUAUUUAAUAAAUAAACCUACAAUUAAUUACCAUGUAGAAAUAUUUUUUUUUUUCGUGUUAUUUGAAAGUGUGGCUAUUAUACGGGACCUUUAAAUGGCUUUCAAAACCGUAUCACUCUUCGUUCUCAAUUGCCUGUUUUUGUAUGAAACGCUUUCUGAGAUAAAUAAUAAUGAUAAUGAUUGCUCUCAUAAUGAAAACAAUCAUUAUGUUUUAUUAAGUAAUGACAAAUCAAUUUUUUUUUACCUAAAAAUGUAUCUAAAAUUAUUUAUGAAUGGUUCCAACAUUUAAAUGCGAAUGAAAUAUUUUAAAUGUCAUUAUUAUGUCUUAAAGACAAAGACAAAUCUUGUAUAAAAUGGUGUUACUAAUUGCUAAGUACGACUUGCUCAAUUUUGUUUUCAAACAUUUCUUUUUAAGUUUUUUUUUUGUUGAAUUUAUCGGGGGAAAAAUAUAUGUCUGUCUAAUAAAUUAAAUAAUGCAAUUGAAAUAUAGUUUUAAGUUCACUUUAAUUUUUUAUUUUUUAUCUAUUAUUUUAAUACUUUUUAUGAGACAAUUUUUCUAUACAGAAAUGUACUCUAGCAUUUAUUAUAACCGUCUGUGAUGAUCUUACUCUUAUCGUUAGUGCUUGUGUAAUGUUGUUUUUUUUAUUUUUCUAUUUUUUACAUUAUGGGAUCAAUAUGGAGUACCGA